AGGCACACCACAGAGGGAGAUGCAGAACCAUCUCAAGGAGAAAAAGGAACUGCGGAGAGCAGCCCAGCCAGUGCCUUCUUUCCCUCCAGCGAGGCAGCUGUCUGGAUAUAGCAGCGCCUCUUUCUAUGACUACACAAGUCUCUCACCCUCCACAGAAUCAACCAGUUCUCCUGGCUUUCAGUACAACAGUUCUUCAGAAACAGAAUCCACUACCACCUCAGACAGCACCAGUCCAUCGCGCUCUGGACACGGGAGCGCCUCCUCAGCUUCUCUGCUGGUGAUAGGUUCCUUGGAGCACCCUGAGCCCUCAGCCUUUAGGCACAUCAGCUCCUUAAGCGAACGCUCCUUAUGUUUUGAAAGUGGUCCCUCAAGAUCAGAGAGGGACGCCGCCAGUUCCCCUGACCACAGCUCAGCACUUGAAGGAUGGGUUGAUGGCUCUGGUUCUCCAAGUCUUGCUGGGAAUGGGGACUCUCCUGAGAUCAGGCCUUCCGGUCCUCCUGCAAGCCCAGAAGAGUGGUCCGCCCCCGCAAUGUGCUCUCCUGAAUGCGGGCCUUCAAAGCCUCCAUCUGGAGAGCGCCACCAAGGGAAUACAAGUGGUCCAGCCUCGGAGAGUGAAAGUGACCCCAAAGGCCCCAUCAGGCUCGCAGCAUUUUCUCCUCAUAUAAUGCUCAAGCACCUGAGAGGGAAUUGCAGCUGCUGGCAAAAGAGACAAACCUCCAGUAAAGAGGUUGCAGCAACUUGCAACAACGCAUUCACUGAUGGCAAAAAAGACCCUUCAGCUCACUAAGGACCACUUCUGCUGGGGCUAGUGGCUUGGGGAGGGCACGUGCCCCGGGCCUAACUAGGUCCUCCAGGCCUCCCAUUUGGCCUAUGACCCCAGGCUGUUUUGGCCGAGCCAUGACCAACUGCCCUACAUCUGAUGACAUAGGAGCCAUCGGGUAUGAAGUAGGUAAAAGGUGGGGCUUGGAUGAAAAGGGGCUUUGCAGGCACUGAUGACCUGCUGAUAAAUAGA